UGUGCAUCGCACUGAUGAUGAUGAUGAGUGCGGCUGUUACGCCUACAAGUACUGCGCGCACAAGCUGGCUGGCUUCGGCUUCGGCGAACACAUGGAUCUCGGACUUCCUGCUCUCCUCCCACUGCUGCCUUUCGCGUUCCUCCUCCUGGUGGCGCUCAGGAGGAGAUCCGUCUCCGAGUUCCAGCCGAAACGUGAACCUCCUCUCCCUCCCAGCCCACGGGGGCUGCCCGUCAUUGGCCACAUACACCACCUCGUCGGAAAGCCCACCCACCAGGCGCUACGUGACCUUGCCGCCAAGCACGGGCCCCUCGUGCUCGUCCGCGUCGGCCAGGUCGACGUGGUGGUCGUCUCCUCCCGCGAGGCCGCCGAAGAGGUCCUGAAGACCCAGGACGCCAACUUCGCCGACCGACCUGCGCUCGCCGCCGCCAAGGUCAUCACCUACGGCUGCAUGGACGUGGCCUUCUCCCCGUACGGGAGCUACUGGAGACACCUGAGGAAGAUCUGCGCCACGGAGCUAUUCAGCAUGAAGCGCGUCAAGUCCUUCGCCUCGGUCAGGGAGGACGCCAUCCUCCGCUUGCUGAGGGACGUCUCCAUGACGCCCCCGGCGGUCCCCAUCAACCUCAGCAACAAGUUCAUGACGGUGAUCGCCGACAUCAUUUCUGCGGCAGUGGUUGGCAAGAGAUUCGAGCACCAGCAGAACAAUCUGCUGCUGCUACUCGUCAAGGAGGCGUUGUUAUCACUGUCGAGGUUUAGCUUCGCUGACUCCUUCCCCAAGUUGAAGUUCGUAGAUGUCGUCACCGGCACGAGCUUCAGGUUGAAUAGGAUCCGACGGGAGUUUGAAAAUAUCACGGACGACAUAAUUAGGCAGCACCAGAUAAAGAAGGCGGGCAGAGCAGGAGACGUGGAGGAAGAUUUGGUUGAUGUGCUCAUGAGAUUUAAAGACCAAGGAGACCUUUCGCAACACAGCAUCAAGGCUGUGAUCCAGGAUAUAUUCGUGGGAGGGAUUGACACCUCGUCGACGACGCUGGAAUGGGCGAUGUCGGAGUUGAUGUGGAACCCCGAGACGAUGAAGAGAGCACAGGAGGAAGUGAGAGAAGCCAUGAGAGGCAAGGGUAAAGUGGAGGAACGUGAUGCGGAGGGGCUCAGCUACUUGAAGCUAGUAAUCAAGGAGACACUAAGACUGCAUUCGCCAGCGCCCUUGCUGAUCCCGAGAGUAGGCAGGGAGACGUCGCAGGUGCUGGGAUUCAAGAUACCGGCAGGAAGCAGGGUCGUCGUCAAUGCCUGGGCACUGGGGAGGGACCCAACAUACUGGGGCGACGACGCCGAGUGCUUCCGGCCGGAGAGGUUCCAAGGAAGUCCGGUCGACUUCAAGGGGGCCAACUUCGAGUACAUACCCUUCGGAGCUGGGAGGAGGAUGUGCCCCGGCGUGCAGUUUGCGAUGGUCGGCGUGGAGCUGGUGCUGGCUCAUCUUCUCUUCUACUUCGACUGGGAACUCCCCCAUGCCAUGAAGCCAGGAGAUCUGGACAUGACAGAGAAUAUCGGGGGAACUGCAUCUCGGAAAUCAGAGCUGUUCUUGCUUGCUGCUCCUCGCAUCCCUCUCCCCCACGUCGAGAUAAGCUGGUCUUGA